UGGCAAUUUAAAAAAAAAUUUCAGUUGAGAAUUCAGGUUAGAGUAGUUUUGCCGUAAACGGCAAGUCAGUUCACUAAAUUAAGUCCGUUGGAGCGCGCCCUGCGCACUCGACCCGUAUAUAGUCAGGUAUUCGUAUCACGGAAUACAACAACGCUCAUAGCAGACUAGUCAACAUCGUGAAGUAUAUGAUACCAGACCAGCGACAUCAUAUCGAAGCUCGAUAACGAGUGUAUCUGAAAUCAAUCGCCCAAGUCACACACUACGAUCAUGAGUGAAGAUUUGGAUGUGAAGUUCUCCUUAGGGGGUCCUGACAGCCCGACAGAGAGUGUUGCUAAUUCUAUGGACGGGUCUGUGGUCGAGAGAAAAACCGGGGGCAGGCGCAAGAUUCCUAUUGAGUUUAUUGACGAUAAAAGCAGGCGGCAUAUCACUUUCAGCAAAAGGAAAGCCGGGAUUAUGAAGAAAGCCUACGAAUUAAGUACGUUGACCGGCACCCAAGUACUGUUACUUGUGGCUUCGGAAACCGGCCAUGUGUACACCUUUGCCACACCCAAGUUACAACCUUUAAUUACAAAACCGGAGGGCAAGAAUCUGAUUCAGGCCUGCCUGAAUGCACCUGACGUUCCACUUGACCAGUACGGGUCAGCCCCAGCCCAACAACAACAAGGCAUGGAGUAUCCCGCCGGUCCACCAGCCGUAGGCCCCUACGUACCUGCCGAUCUCUCACAACUACAGCAAAACCCCGGGCAUCACUUAGACCCUGCAGGCUUCCCACAUUACGCGCCUACUGCUUUCCCCAAUGGCACUGAGCCUUUCCAGCACGACCCGUCGACAUACCCUAUUGGCAACGAGAACCCUCCAUGAGUGGGUG